AAGCUGAUCCUGGACCAGCGCUAGGCGCAAAUCACAUCACUUCUCUACCUUCCCGCUCUUGUUGUUUACAAGAGGGGAUCUCUGGGAAGUGGUGCUCAUGGCAACCAGAAGAAACACGUUUUAGUAGCUAGGGCAAGGAACGUUGCUGUCAUGGCGUUCUGUGAGGACCAGUACUAUGAAAUAAUUGGAUCCAUUCAACAAAGCAUGCACGAAAGGGAAAAGAGGAGACUUGAGUUGGAGAGGGAGUUGUUUGCUUACUGCAGAUCUGAGAAGAGAGGUUCUCAGAUAAAGUAUGCCAAACUCCGUGGUUAUCUCAAGGAAAUCUGUGAGAGAGAAAAACGGGCCAAAAUUCGAAACCUUGAGCUCCUGAGAGAUGUGGAGUGCAUUGAAAUGAGCAUGAAGGAACACUGUCCUGGCCGUAACCCUCUGGAUGAACACAAGGUUGAAUGCUUGAAUAGAAUUUCCAGAUUUAUGGCAGCAAGGCAGAAGAAAGAAGAGCCAAAUCUUGAAAUAGAGAAGGGAGAUGUAUUACAUUGCCAUCCUCAGGGUGAUUCCCCCUCACCACAGGCCAGGGGUUUACACCAACCAUCUGUAAUCUUCAUGGGUCGCCAGACCUCCAGAAGUUCCACGGCUGAAGAUGCCACCACAAGUAUACACUUACGACAAGCGGAGCAUCAUUCGCCAAAUCAUCGCUCACAUGCCUCGGAACGCCCGCAAAGUGGCCUUUUGAAUGACUCCAAAGUUUCCAGAGAGGUCGUUGCCGACAGCGGAGCGCAUCUAUCAGUUGACAUUUCAGGCUCAAACGAUUCCCCCGACGGCUGUAAUUUGUGUGACAAACAUGAAAGGAUGGCGGCAGUGGUUCCAUCUGUUCGUACCUUAACAGCCAGCGCCUGCGUGCCUUUUGGAGGUGAUGAAAAACUGACUUCACCUCAAGUGACCUUGACGAGGCCUGAGAAGAAUAGCCCACCGCCCAGCGCUAUCAGCCAUAUGUGUGACAGGAAUUCACCUGCAGAAUACACUCGGGGUAGAGGGUCUGCCCAUCAGGAGAGCAUAAAAGAAGACGUGGAGAGAGUUCAGCAAAGAUCACCACCUCAAACUGACUUGGGAAAAAGAUCUCAAGAUGUGCCAGAGAAGAGUGAAACCCUUAGUAUAUCCAGUUCCAGUAUGGAGCUGUCAGUGACCAGCAGUGGUAGUGACCUGUCCAUCUCCCUGACUGAGGUACCAGAGGGUGUAGUCCAUGUAGACAGCCACACCAGGAAGACAGACAGCCACACCAGGAAGACAGACAGCCACACCGGGAAGACAGACAGCCACACCAGGAAGACAGACAGCCACACCGGGAAGACAGACAGCCACACCGGGAAGACAGACAGCCACACCGGGAAGACAGACAGCCACACCAGGAAGACAGACAGCCACACCAGGAAGACAGAGAGCCACAGCAGGAAGACAGAGAGCCUACCAGGCCCACUACAGAGGAGUGCUAUUCCACCCAGUGAGAGGGAGCUCCGCAGCAUCAGUGUUCACAGUCAGUCACUUGACACUCCAGAGCCUAUGAACAGACCAGAAUCAAGUAGCGAAUCCACGUCUCCAGAAAUCCCAUCGAAAAGGCUGUCCAUGGAGGGAUUCUUCCAUCUACUGGAGAGCAUUGAAGAACGAUUCCACCAAGGAGAAAUAAGUGUGUACUGUGUCUCAUCACUUGGCGAAAGCAAACGCAAUAAAGUGAUCAGCCUUUGUAACGCCAGGGCAGGCUUGAAUGGAGAGGACCUUGAUGCAUGUGGAGCAGUCGUCCUUCACCAGCUUCAGAGGUUGUCAUGGACCACGUCAAAGGGUUGCCUGUUACCCGAAGAGAUAGUUAGCUCUAACUGGUCUACCACCGAGCCCAGGAAAAUAAGCUCACGUCUCCCCCCUGAUGCUGCGCCUCUGUGGGAUCGCUGGUUCAAGCACGCCCUUCUGCUGAAGGACCACCAUGUCCUCACCCCCGAGCGCCUUGUCCAGUUGUUCACUCCACUGCUGCUGCCAUACAACGCCUCCUAUAGUGCCAAGGCCAAAGUGCUGCUGGGGACACUUCUGUCCCGGUCCAGUGAGGAGUGCCCCUCGGUGGAGGUGGAGAGUGAGUCGUCUUCCUGUGGCCUUCCCUCGUUCCUCGACGACAGCGCUGUGGAGGUCCGACCAGCCAGACCUUCUCGGGAGCACCGCGCCGCAGGGAUGCAAGGACUACAAAGUGGUGAAGAGGACAGCCAGGAUGAAAGCUCCGUGGAAAGUAUUCCUAUUAGAGAGACAAAAGCAUAUCAGCUGCUUAAACAGUCUGCCACGCAGGCGAGGCAGCAGAGCUCUGGAGAUGAGGAUCUGUCAGGAAUAAAUGAUGGCUAUGAAGAGGAUACUGGGAGGGUUGAGCGCUCCUCUCAUCAAGACCCUUACCCUUGAGCUUCCCCGCGUCCUGAAUUGCGUUUAGGCUGCUCAAAUCAAAGUGUUGAGUGGUAAGAAAAGAACAUCUAAAUAGCUCCAUGUUUUCAUACAUUUGAAUAUCAACACGACUUCAUCAAAAUCUGCAAUUGUGUGUCCUCAGAGCGGCUCUUCACCGGGUGCCCAUUUGGGAAGGUAAUGGCUGGGUAAAUGUUAUGAGGAAUAAUCUUCUCUGAUUUCAUAUGAUUACUGGGCACCACGCUGACACAAGGGCCCAAAGUGUGUGUCUCCCUGGCCAGGCCAGCGGGUCUCCCAGUCUACCUAUUAGCAGAGGGAAGGGCAUAAUGGCCCAGCUCUAUUGAGGCGCUACUGUCUGCCAGUGCCAGCCCAAUGACUAUACCUCUUUAAUAAACAUGAGCCAAUUUCAGACUCCAGACCCUCUCAGAUCGCUGUCUCCACUGUCAUUAAGGCGCAUUGGAAGCCCAAAUCUAAGGCGAUAAAACACACGUAAAGGGAGAGAUAAUGGAGAGAAUCACACAUCUCUGAUUGGCCACUGUGGUCGUGUUGGUCCUGUGCAUAAAUUAUUGAAAUUAGACUAAUGAGUCGUUUUGCAUGCUUGACACCUAAUCUGGUCAGGGGAGGAGUGAUCUGUUGUAGAGCGACAGCUAAGAGCGGUCACCAUCGUACCUCUUCCUGCUCCUCUGUGAUUCCCCACCCCCGGAUGCUUACGUUUUAAGCAUUCCACUUACCACACUCUUCUUGCGCUUUAUUGCUUCUACAAGUGGUCUGGAAGCCCUGCACUUCAACAGAAGCAUAACACUGCAGCAUGCUCUGCCAUGUCUUUCACUUUCUCUCUCUCUCUCUGGUUCUAUCUCACUGUCUCUCUCCCCCAUCU